UGAUUGAUAAUAAUAAUAAUUGGACGAUAUCAAUAGAAAAAAAAACACGUACAAACUUAAAUAUGAAUGUAGUACAAAAAUCAUCAUCAUCAACAACAUCAUCAACAACAUCAACAUCAUCACAAUCAGAAAUGGCUAAUAAUAAUAAUAAUACAACAAAUUCAAUCGUUGGCAUUGGUGGUGUUGCUGCCACUGGUGCUAACGAUUCUGUAGCCGGUAAUGGUGGCAAUGUAAAUGUUAUCAGCCAACAACAACAACCAUCAGUAACGUUAACAAUUCGUUUAAUUAUGCAAGGAAAGGAAGUUGGAAGUAUAAUUGGUAAAAAAGGCGAUAAUAUUAAAAAAUUUCGUGAAGAGAGUGGUGCAAAAAUAACAAUUUCGGAUGGUUCAUGUCCAGAACGUAUAGUGACCGUAACUGGAUCAACUGAAUCAAUAUUAAAAGCAUUCGCAAUGAUUGCACGUAAAUUUGAAGAGGAUGCCAACAACAAUAGUAACAGCACAAUGGGUACAAAUUUUAAUAUUUCCAACAAUACAAUGGCAACAACAACAUCAUCAACAGUAACAGCAAUUGUUGUUGGCCAAAAUGGUAAACAGAAUUCAAUUUCAAUGCCAGUUACAUUGAAAUUGAUUGUACCAGCAAGCCAAUGUGGAUCAUUAAUCGGUAAAGGUGGAUCGAAAAUAAAAGAAAUACGUGAAAUCACCGGUGCCAGUAUACAAGUUGCAAGUGAAAUGUUACCAAAUUCAACUGAACGUGCUGUAACAUUAUCCGGUUCAGCCGAUUCAAUAACAAAAAGCAUCUAUCAAAUUUGCUGUGUUAUGUUGGAGUCACCACCAAAAGGCCCUACCAUUCCUUACCGUCCUAAGCCUGCAAUGCCGCCGGUGUUUUUUGCUGGUGGACAAGCAUAUACGAUACAGGGACAAUUUGCAAUUCCACAUCCAGAUCUCACAAAGCUUCAUAGAUUGGCAUUGCAGCAUGCUCCUCUCCUUCCUGGACAGGCCGUUGGCUCCCUGAAUCCCCAAGCAACAUUGGCCACAUUGGCAGCAAACACAACCGCUUCUUUGGGCCACCACGGCAAUACCGCCGCCACCAAUCCAGGAAUGGUCCCUACUCUCACCACCGAAAUGACUAUUUCCAAUGAUAUUAUCGGUUCAGUGAUAGGUAAAGGUGGUUCGAAAAUUAAUGAAAUCAGACAAUUAUCCGGUGCAACAAUUAAAAUCAAUAGCAGUGAAGAAGGAACAAAAGAUCGUACCAUUACAAUAAGCGGUACACCUGAAGCAAUCAAUCUGGCUCAAUACCUCAUCGCAACAAGUAGUAAUGGUUUAUUGAAUAGUGCCGGAACAACAACAACAACAAAUCAAUCUGCUCAUCAUCAUCAUCAUCAUCAUCAUGCUGCUGCGGCUGCCGCUGCAGCCGCAUCAACAUUAUCGGCAACAACCGGUGCAGCAACAAAUUCAUUAACAGCAAUGGCAGCUGUUGCGGCAGCUGUUUCAAAUAAUGCUGCAAAUAAAUUAUAUCAUGCAACAACAAGCAAUCUAUCUAAACAUAAUAUUCAAUCAAUAACAACAAUUUCAAAUGGUUCAACAUCUAAAUCAAAUAAAAAUGAUCGUAAAUAUGCACCAUAUUGA